UUCACACCAUCAUCAUCGCCAGACGCUGUUCAGAUUUUAGAACCGGCGGUUUCACAGGAGCUGGAACCGAACCGUUAAAAACUCGGGUUCGGUCCUGUUUCGGGGCGGUUCGGUUUGUAACCGGGCGGGUGAGCUGCAAGUUCCGAUCGUCACUUCCAAAAGUGCCGAAAUUCCAUUCCAUUUCAUUCCAUCCCAACCAAAUCAUCUUCGUCUUUCUCUGCCCUGCCGCCUUCCUCGGUUCUACAUCGUCCUCCGAGGCAGGGCACCAUCCUCGUCGUCUUAUAGUUUUCUUCUUCGUUGUGUUUGUUCUUAUGGCAUUGUCUUCUACUUUUUCGGGAUGGUCCUUGAAUGGGAACACACAUUGCUCCUAUGCUUCUAAAAGCAAUUCUUCGAUGAUUUGCAAUUAUGGGAAUGGAAUUUUCAAGCCAUCUGUAAAUAAGAGAUGGAGAGAAGGAAAAUUGUACAUGAUGAGCGAUGGCUUCCCGAGCAAAGCGUUGAAGGUUGAGACAAAACCUUUGUUUUCAACUGGGAGCAAGUUUCAUCUGACAGACAUUAUUGAAGCUCAACAAUUCGACCGAGAAACCCUAAGUGCCAUAUUCGAUGUAGCACUUGAUAUGGAAAUGAUCGAGAAGAGCCCCGUCAGAAGCCAACUUCUUCACGGAUAUCUGAUGGCCACACUAUUCUAUGAGCCCUCAACCAGAACUCGGCUUUCAUUCGAGUCUGCUAUGAAACGUUUAGGUGGGGAAGUCUUGACUACAGAAAAUGCACGGGAGUUCUCGUCAGCAGCAAAAGGGGAGACUCUUGAAGAUACCAUUAGGACAGUCGAGGGGUACUCAGACAUAAUAGUACUAAGACAUUUCGAAAGUGGGGCUGCCAAAAGGGCGGCAUUGACAGCUGGAAUUCCUGUUAUCAAUGCUGGAGAUGGCCCCGGACAGCAUCCGACUCAGGCCCUUCUGGAUGUUUAUACUAUUCAAAGAGAGAUUGGAAAACUUGAUGGUAUAAAAGUCGGGCUUGUUGGUGAUCUUGCUCACGGUAGGACAGUUCGCUCGCUUGCCUAUUUGCUCGCGAAGUACGAGGAUGUUAAGAUCUAUUUCGUGUCACCUGAAGUCGUAAGAAUGAAGGAUGAUAUAAAAGAUUACCUAACAUCCAAGGGAGUCAAAUGGGAAGAAAGCGCUGAUUUAAUGGAGGUGGCAUCGAAAUGUGACAUGGUGUAUCAAACUCGUAUCCAACGAGAAAGAUUUGAGGGGAGAGACGAUCUAUACGAAACAGCCCGGGGCAAAUACAUUGUGAAUAAGGAUGUGCUGAAUGUGAUGCAGAAACACGCAAUUGUGAUGCAUCCUCUACCCAGGCUUGAUGAGAUAACCGUGGAGGUUGAUCUUGAUCCAAGGGCUGCUUAUUUCAGACAAGCCAAGAACGGCCUCUAUGUCCGGAUGGCUCUCUUGAAGCUUUUACUUCUCGGUUGGUAAGGUUGUUAUUCCUCAUUUUGGACACCAUUAUUCUUCGUAUCCUUUAUAAGCCAUUCGAUUUUGGUCAGCCUAGAACCAUUCAUCCGUGGUAGGUUUUUUAAGGUAACUCUUGCCAAUUUUGAUCAUAGAAAUUUUCUCGUUUAUUGCUCAAAUAUAUAUGUAGUAAUAUUUACCAAUUACUACUUGGUUUCAGUCAAUUACUAAUUUACUAUCUAUCUUCCUCAGCACUCAGUAGCAUGUUUUCUCAUUUCUUGUAGGAAUAUAUUUGGAUUUAAUUCACUUGUUGAACUAACUAACUAACAUCUCAAGAUUAGAGCCGGCAAUGGGUCGAUUCGUGUCGGGUUGACUAUUUUAAACGGGUUAAAUUACUCAACUCUAACUCGACCCGUUUAUUAUCAUAUCGGGUUCGUGUUAACUCGUUUAUCAUCGUGUCGGGUUCGGGUUGACUAGUGUUGAUCCGUAUACAUAAUUACGUCUAAUUUCUUGAUUCAAAUUAAAUAAUUUUUUGUUUUGUUGUCGUGUUAUAUUAGUUUUUAUUGAUUUGAGUAUAAAUCAGGUUGAAUUAUUUAAAAUUGAAUUUAGUUUAAAUUAAUUUAUGAAAAAAUUAUUAAAUUAUGAUUAUUUUAUAUGUAUAAUAAAUAUAUUAAUCAAUAUUAAUAUAUUAUAAUCGGGUUGUCGUGUCGGAUUCGAGUUGAGAGUCUCAACCCUAACCCGACCCGUUUAUUAUCAUGUCGGGUUCGUGUCAACAUGUAUACAUAAUUGGGUUGAAAUAUUUGACCCAAAUUCAAUUAUUUUUUGUCGGAUCGUGUCGAAUUGUCGUGUCGAGUCAGUUUUUGCCAGCUCUGCUUCCAUUGUUAUUCUCUUUAUGCUCCAACAUAGGGAAUAAAUAUGAUCAAUCUGUGUUUUUCCAUAUUUGAAGUCUAGGUGGAAUUUGGGUGGUGUUUUAUUUCUUUUUUUUUUGUAAGAUUUUGAAGUUGGGCUUUAGGUUUUGAAUACUAAAAUUAUAAUUUGAAAUAGUUGUUUUGAAUAUAAAUAUUGAAAAAUUGAUUGUAGGUUUUGAAGUUUGAAUACUAAGAUUUUGAUUGAUAAUAAUUGUUACAUAGCAAGACUUGCAUACCUUUCUCCUAUUUUUUUUUGCCAAUAAUAUGACGUGUGUUUUCAUGAAAACUACCAUAUUCAAUGCUAUUUUUUAGUAACAAAAUUUAAAUAUAUAACAAUUCAAAAGAAAUAGAUGAAAUUAGGUUUAAAAAUAUUUUUUUCAAAAAAAUAUUAUAUGCACUCGUUACUUUUUGUAUUAUCUACACAAUUUUAUAUACUUUACAUUUAUUACUUUUGUAUUAUCAAAACAAUUUUUUACUUUUAAUCAAAUUAUUAUAGUCAUUGAAUAUAUGUAAGUUUGCUUUUCAAAAUUAAUAUUAUUGAAAGUAAUAAUACUACUACAUAUUAUAGACUUUAUUUUAUGUCGGAUUCUAAUAAUGCAUAGUAAAUAAGUAUAUGAUUACAUUAGGGUGUGUUUGUUUGGGGGAUUGAAUUAUAUUUCCUCUGUUCAUCCUAUUUUUUCCCUCCAAAAAUAUCAAAUUAAACACCUAUUUUUCAUUUUUUAUAUUAUACUAAAAAUCAAUUUUACAUUCAAAACAUCACAUCAACACCUAUUUAUAUCACAUCAUAUAACUAUUCAAAUUCAAAAUUUUUACUAUUCAAAUCCCAACUCAAAAUUCAAACCUCCAAACAAACACAUAGAAUCAUAUUAUGUGACUUAGUUAUCCAAGGUCAGUUCUAAAGCUAUUUUUUUGUGUUGUUACUGUGCAAAAAUGGUGCUCUCUCUAUUUUUUUUUUUUAAAUUUUAAUUUUUACAUUAAUUUUAUAUAUUUCUAAAUUUUUUUAAAAAUUAUUGUAAAUCAUAAAAAAAUUGUUUAAAAUAAUAUGUAAAAUAAAAUAUUUGAAGAAUAUUAGCGAAAAAUAAAAUUAUAAUAUAAGUAAAAAUACCGUAGCAAUUGGAUUUUCUGGAUUAAAACGAUAUAAAUAAAAUUUAUGAGUUAGAAAAUGGUUUAGGGCUUGUUCUUUAAGUAAAAUUUAUUUGGGUGAAAUAAAAUUUAAAAUAUUUUCAACACAUCAAAAAAAGAAAGGCAUUAUCAAAGAAAGUAUUUUAUUACUAAUGCUUUUGUAAUUUGUGUUAAAACUUUAUAAAUUAUAUUAAAAAAUAAAUUAUCUAAUAAUAAUUUAAAAAUUUUAUAAAUUUUUGAUUUGGUAUCUCAAUUAUCUUUUUCAAUUUAAAUUUUAAUAUAAUAUAUAAAAAUAAUAAUUAAAAAAAAAAUUAUAUUUUAAACUAUUUUAAUUAUUACUAUUAUACAAACCGAUAUUAAGUAUCAAGUCUAUCCGGACUCAUUGUAAAUUUGAAAAUCUGAUGGAUUUUUUUUUAAUAGAUAAAAAAAAAAAGAAAAAAAAUUACACCCUAAUACUUUGAAGGAUUUUUCGAACCUCACAAUUAUCAUCCUUUAUAAAGACCAUUACAGAACUAUUUUCCUCUCAUAAAACUUCAGCACCACCCCAUAGUUAUUCAUCGUUAAGUUCUGAAAUCACUUAGGAGGUAGGAGGUGUGUUUAUUCGUGGAUUUUGGUUUUGGUUUUGAACAGAUAUAAAUAUGUAUUAACGUAAUAUUUCGAACUGUAUUAUAAUAAAUAAAAAAUAAAUAUUUGAUUUGAUUUUUUUGAAAGAAUUUUUUUUAAAAAAAAAUAAUAAAACCAAAACCGAAAU